AUGUCCGCAGAUAGCAGUUCACUUGAAAUGGUGCAACAUGAACCGAACCAUCAUACCAUACAAGUAGACAGUGACGAAAAGGAGUCAUGGAGCAUCAAAGGCUCAUGUUCGAUCCACAGAGUCCCCAACUGCUUGCGUCAAGGUGGAAAGAAUGCCUAUGUCCCCCAGAUCGUCUCCAUCGGCCCUUUCCACCAUUCUAAUAAGACGCUACAAGCCAUGAAUAACAACAAAAACAACUACCUCCGCGACGUCAUUUCUUGGACCCAAAACAACGGCAGAUAUUCACACAAAGAGAUCUUAGACAGGUACCUGGAUGCCGUCAAAUCAGUGGAGAAAAAGGCCCGGGCCUGUUACUCAGAGACCAUCUAUCCCAACAGCAACACCUUCGCCGAAAUGAUGGUAAUCGAUGGUUGUUUCAUCAUUGCCCUCCUUUGCAAGGUGGCCGGGCUAAUCACCGUCCACAAAGACGAUCCCAUCUUCAACAUGGUCUGGCUGUGGAGCAAGCUUCAGAAUGACUUACUGAUGUUUGAAAAUCAAAUACCAUUCAUCAUCCUCCAACGCCUAUUCGAUCUGAUGAAGGUCCUGGGCGGUCAUGAUUGCCCCUCGCUGACUCGCCUAGCCCUUGAUUUCUUCGAAGGACUGGUGCCCAAGAUUGAAACAGCCACAAAAGAGAACCCCAAUAUCAAACCCAAGCAUUUACUCCAUCUCUUCCACUCUAGCCUACUUCCUACACCCAAAGAAUACAAACCAACAAAGCUAAAUCAAAGGGAGGCUAAUGACUUCAACCUGAUAAAAUCCACAAAGGCACUUAAGAAGGCUGGAAUCAAGUUCAAGAAAGCGGAGGCGGCGGACAGCUUCUUCGAUGUGAAAUUCAAAGCCGGCACAAUGGAGAUACCGACCAUCGUAAUUGGUGAAUCCACUAACUCUGUGUUCCUCAAUCUGAUUGCGUUCGAGCAAUGCUACUCUGCAUGCACUGAUCACUUCACAGACUACACCGCUUUCAUGAAUUGUCUGAUCAACUCCGCCAUUGACGUCGGGACCCUCUGCGAGAGUGGGAUUAUCGUGAACUGGCUAGGGAGAGAUCAUGAGGUGGCUAACCUGUUCAAAAUGUUGGCUAAGACAUCAACCGUUUCGACAAACGAGUUCUAUCUCUCCGACGUGUUUUGGGAGAUUAAUCAGCAUCGCCAGACCACUUACGGUGCAUGUAUGGAGAGCUUGAAGAGAUUUUACUUCAAUAGUUUCUGGUCCAUUUUCCCUUUUGGGGCUGCUAUUAUUCUUCUGGUCCUUACAUUCUUGCAGACCAUCUUUACCAUGCAUGCAUAUUAUCACCCUCCAUCCUAG